AUGGUUAAGAGCAUAGAUGAUUGUGACAUUGGAGAUGAUGGGAAGAUGCGAAUGUCUGAUAGUAGUAAAAGAUUUUAUUAUUUCAUGCAAACCUUGAAUGAAAAGUUGGGUUUGGAGGAGUUCACUUCCUUGAAGACAUGGAGAGCAUCAUUUGCAGAACUACUGGGCAUGGGCGUCUUGGUUUUUUCAAUGGACACAAUGGUCAUCGGCACCUUAGAGACCAACACACAAAAUCCAAACCUCGUAUUCUCCAUCUUCGCCGCCCUCACCCUCUCAAUUAUGCUCCUCGCCGUCUUCCCAAUCUCCGGUGGCCAUCUUAACCCUGCCAUCUCCUGGUCCGCCGCAUUUGUGGGCUUGAUCUCAAUAUCUCGAGCCAUCAUUUACACUAUAGCCCAAAGCAUCGGCGCCGUCCUCGGCGCCCUAGCACUCAAAGCCGUGCUCAGCAGCGAAAUCCAGAAGAACUUCUCACUUGGUGGCUGCACCCUCACGGUCAUCGCACCUGGCCCAGAUGGGGCGCCCACCCACAUAGGCAUUGGAACGAGCCAAGGGCUUUGGCUUGAGAUCCUAUCUAUGUUCGCUGUCCUUUUCGCCGCCGCCGGUAUUGGCAUGACACGUAGCCGAGCCCUAGGCCCUAGCCCACUCUUCAUGUUCUCAAUUAUCGGUAUCAUGGUGGGGCUAUUGACAUAUGUAACAACGACGGUGACGACGGUGAAGGGAUACGCUGGUUCAGGGAUGAAUCCUGCACGGUGUAUUGGACCAGCGAUUGUCAGAGGAGGAGUUUUGUGGGACAGGCAUUGGGUAUUCUGGGUGGGCCCAGGUAUAGCUGUUGUGUUGUUUUAUGUUUACACUAAGAUCAUACCAAGUGACACUUUCUACACCACUCAAGCAUGA